CUUUAAACUCUAAACCGGAUAUCCGCGCUGGCCGCUCACAGGAGGCGAUAAAACUUUGUCACACGUGGAGUUGAGAACAAACCAAAGAUUUUUUGUUUUAUAGCAAUCGAUCAACGAUCGACGCAUUUUCUUUAUAUUUCUAACUACAGUACACGUCACCGUGAUGUUUCUGCAGUACUACCUAAACGAGAACGGGGACAGAGUCUAUACUCUGAAGAAGGCGGCACCAGAUGGGCAGCCCACCGCUUCAGCCCACCCGGCUCGCUUCUCCCCAGACGACAAGUUCUCCAGACACCGAGUGACCCUGAAGAAACGAUUCGGCGUCCUGCUAACCCAGCAACCCAGGCCCAUUCUGUGAGACCGUGGGAUACGAGUGGAUCACAUUAGGAUGGGGGGACGAAGGCAACGAUGGAACUGUAAACAGGACAAGAAGUUUUGCCCAAAUGUAAUGGACUCUUCAUAUGUUGGAUUAACUGUAGUUUGUGUCAGUAAUCUUAAUUUUCAUAUUCCCGUUCACAUUCAUUGGAGGUCGUUAUUUUGUUAAAAAGCUGAAUAAAUGUUCGGUUGAUGCGUG